AUCUACAAAUAUUGACAGGAAAAUGGAUUACAUUUGGUGGCUAUCGGUGACCUAGCCAAGCGCUCCCACCCAACCAUGGAUGCCCUCAAGAUGCUGCAGGGCACCACCCAUUCGCAGUCGGCAGGAGCCCCCUCCUCGCGACUACGGCUACGGUUCCAUCUCCCCCACUGGGUAAGCUUAUUCACACAUAGUGGGUAUUACAAAGGUUUAAUAAAUAUCAUAAGUACAAUCGUAUAUAUACAUGCUUCUUUUGACAGAUUUAUCCUUCCUCAGCCUUCAAGACCGAAACCUGGCCGCCGUCUCGGAUAUUUACGCGGUCAAAGCAGAGGAUUCGUUUUGCUGGAAAAGGGUACAGGCGCCGCGGAAACUAUGCUCUACCAGCCAUGUAUUGGUAGAGCUCGCAUGGAAACGCGGCCCUCAAAGGAACAUGAGCGAUGCGCGUGUGUAUGGUCACCUCAUCCUGAGGAGCUCCAGGGGAAAAGAAGGGACAGGCCAAAAAGGCAAACAACGAGGACGAAUAAGGCUCUCGGGUCUAACUCCGGAUAAACUCACAAACAGCCACCGUCGGGCCUGGAGGCGAUGAUACCCCGGGCGGAUGACUUUCCGCCGGCGGCCAGCAGCGAUACGGAUCUCCACACGGGAAAACGGCGCUCUCCGGUGAGUGGUGCACGGGCAGUCCGAGAUUCGGCUGCCAGACAAAAUGGCGAUACUUCUCAGCGCCGCAAUGCGACCGCUGGAAGUUCGCGAGAGGAUGAGGACGCGGUACGCCGGAACGGACUCACCGGGAAAUUUUGACGUCGUCGGCGUCGAUUGUGGAAGGCUUUCCUGGCUGGUCGCUGGCACGGGUCGAACGGACACCGGUUGCUGGGCAGCCAAGUCGGGCUGGUAGGUAUGGCGAAGUAUGGCGAUGUCGGUAAAACUCCAAAUAAAUUCUUCCGGGGCCCUUUGUAUUGGGACCCCGGCUUCCUUUAUAAAUG